AUGGCACCUAUCCGCCAUCCUCUACAAGACAUACAAGGAAACAAUCAGGCGCUAGCCAAGAAGUCAUGCUCCAAAGAUGCUGCCUGUGAGGAAGACGAAUCCGAGCUGUUCGAGAUCGACCACCCAUUCAUCAUCCCCAUCGAGAUGUACUUGUCUGUCCAAUCUUACCCAUACGACAUUAAAACCACCUUCUACAUCACAACUUUCUUUGAACCGUCGCUCCCCGCUAUCUUAGAAUUAAUUCAGUCGUCUCUCGGGGAUCCAACUGCGCUGGAUGCCUAUUUUGACUGGGCCUACGUGGGAGGGAUCGAGGUUAUGCCGACAGUUUUCAUUGACGUACCCCCGGGAACUGUGACAGAUUGGGCGGAUUUAGAAAGCAGGAUUCGAGAAUUGUUGGCACGAGGGGCAUCCAAAUUAGGGAUUGUCGUUAAUGUACAGUUCCAGUUAAAGGACGUGGAGGAUAUUAUUUGA